AUGGCGUUGUGUGCUUCAAUCCCAGCAAACGCCAUGCGAGCAGAACCACCCUCCCUGCCUGUGCCCGGUUGCAGCAGAAAUUAAUGCAUGGCUGAGGGGUAAUAAAUGGAGGAUAUGGGGAGAGCCCCUUUGAGAUUGAAAUGCAGUCUGGCGAGUGACUGAGAGGCAGGCUAGACGUCGCUUUUCCCACAUUAAUAUGUGUCUGUCUGGGCCCUCUCCACCAUCAGGAGGAGGCCCUCUACACCAGAUGGAGCCCAGUCUAGUCUACGUCUAGUCUACCAACACCUGCCAUAAGGCUGCAUUAGACUUCCUAUUGUCUCUGAUGGUAAUUGAUUUGUUUGUACAUCUAUUUGAAAUUUAAUUGUGUCAAAAGAUCAGAUGUUUUUUCAGUGUGUUUCAACAAAAGAGGAAUUAACACACUGAUUAAACACAAUUAGGGAGAAAAAAGUUGGAAACAAUGGCGAAAGAAUAAGACAGAAAGAUAAGAAGAGAAGCAAUGAUGUGUUUAUGCACGAAUGCCAUGAAUUUCUAUCCAACUUGUCCGUAGCCUUUCCUGUUGAAGCGUGGAUUUGUCGGUCCUCCUAUCCCUCUACUUCCUAUCACCUCUCCUUCUGUCUCGCACUGUAUUCAUCACAUUGAGCAUUUUCAUGUUAUCGUUGUUUUGGUUCUUGCAUGAGGUGGAGUGUUGGAACAAAGCAUUAUCCCUGUCCUCCGAGUACAGGUCCUGUACUCAGCAGAGCCAUUGUUUUAGGUUCUCAGUCCUGCUGCAAUUCCGGGUGACCAUUCUAUAGAUGUUAUCUAGCUUGUGUCACACUCGGUUGCUAGAUUGCACAGCUGUGUGUCUGAGUACGUGUGAGAGUGUGUGCUUAUGUUUUAGGACAUUUGUACAGCAUGAGUAUGGUGUUUCUGCAUCCUUUGUGCAUCGUUUCCAGUCUGUGAAGAGUCACAUUAUAAUGAUUAUUUUAGAUUAAAAAAAAAGGUUUCUUGCAGCAGAUGAUGAUUUUUUUCUUGGGUACGGCGCUGGCUAACUGUCGUCUUUAUUUGCAAAGGUUUCUCUAAUUCCUCUCUCUGCAUUUGUUUCUGAUUUUGAGGACUUUUUUGGAAGUAAUUUAUGUUUGAUUUCAUGUUUAAGGAGGUGUAAUUCCCAGGCAAGUGUAAACACUUUCCUAAAAAUGCCAAAGCUGCCUUUAAAAUUCCAUACCAACUUGAACUUGAUUAUACGGCUGUUAUUGCUUUUAUCGUCCUAGCUAUUAUCACACUUUGAUUCAUAUCUUUAAAAAAUUCUGGUUCCAUUUGAUCCCGUAUCAUCAGAAUCCGUAUUCCAGCGUUAUCAAUUUUCUAUUAUCAUUUUACCUUGAAUUGCAAUGGCCUAUAUAAACCUUUUCUCUGAACUUAUGAAUUCUGGCUUUGGUAGCCUAGCAACCGCCUCUGACCCAUGCAAGAGAAAGAGGGAAAAAAAAGGAUUGAAAGGCUGACAUGCAGGCUUUAAACCCACAGAGGACAUCAGGUUUCUGCGGAUGUAAUCUUUGAGUAUUUUGUGUAAUCGCUUGUGAAGUGGGGAAGUGUGUGUGCAUGUGUGUGUGUGUGUGUGUGUGUGUGUGCAUGUGUGUGUGUGCUAAAGAGAUUGGUAUUGUCAUGCACUCGCCGCUGAAAGUUCAAAUAUUAAAUUCAGGAAACUUUCCACACACAAGUCUCUCAAUAUGAAACAUUGUUUUUUUCCAUUAUUACACAUGCUCCCUUCAUUAUUGUACAGUUUAUUAUAAGGGAAUAUAUCAUAAUUGCUUUCACUGUGCAGAUGAAAGUUGUUGUUUUUUUUUUUUUUUUUUUACUAGAGAUUUACUACUUUUCUUUGUUUAGAGGUUUUGAAGUGGCUCUGAAAAAAGUCUGGAAAUGUUGGGAGCAGAGAGUGAGGGGACAAAACAGUAACCAGUGUGAGCUUUUAUAUAUGAAGCCUGCUUUAACCAGCAGGCCAACUGGCUCCACUAACUGUUAUUUUUGUCAUGGUAUUUGUAUGAUAGGCCUCAGGAAAUGUAGUUUAAUUAAAGCCCUAAUAAUAAGAAAUGGUGGACACAAUGCUGCUUUGCUUUAGAAAAAUAUUACAAAAGUUGAAUUUAUUUUUAAUCUUUAAUUGUUGGUGUUAAUGAUACGUCUUUUUAGAUGUCUUUUUAGAUGUAUUUUUUCUCCCUAGGUUUUAAGAUUUCUGGUGUGAGAAAAAAGUUGUUCAUUGUUGCUGCAGAAUCCGCUGUGUAAAAGCAGAAAAAAAGAUGAACCAAACGCUCUGGAAUUGACCUCUUUCUGACCUUGAUGUUUUAUGUUUUCACAGGAAACUGUGGAGUCCAGAUAGAAAGUGCGGUAUCAGAGAAAUGCACGCACAAUCUAUGUGAUCUACAGGCCUGCGUGUGAGACUGCAGGACAACAUACAGCGACUCCUGCUCGGAGGAUUCGAGGUCACGCGGCGGGGUCAGAGCUUCAUCCCUCUAAAGUUACAAGUGAGUCUUUAAAAUAAUCCUUCUCUGUGUGCUGCCCAAUACACCUCUCCAAUAGAGCGCCAUUGAUUUUGUAAACACACUUGAACUUGAACUAUGAACCCACUCCUCUCAGAAAAUUACACUUGAACAUGCCUAGUAAAAAUCCUUAUAUAUUCAUAUUUUAUCUUUUAACAUAAAAGUCGACAUUCCUCUGAUUCUUUACAUUUCUACUUCACUCAGUCCGACUCUUUGCUCACCCCCUGCUUUAUAACAUCUGAUCCAAUUUGUUCAAUUCUUUGGUUUUGGCAGAUAACACGCAGGGUGCCUACUUGUGUAAUCUAUAUUCUAAUUCCUUUGUCCGUGCGUUUUAUCGCUUUAAAGAUACAUGGGGGGGCUGCUUGCCUGGAUGUGUGUGUGUGUGUGUGUGUGUGUGUGUGUGUGUGUGUGUGUGUGUGUGUGUGUGUGUGUGUGUGUGUGUGUGUGUGUGUAUGUAAGGUGUGCUCAUGUGGAAAGACUGCCAGGGUGGCUAAGUCCCUCACUCCUUUAAUUCCCUCUGAACUCCCUCCAAACUACUUACUCAUCUGUCCUCUUUGUGCUCUCUGUCCUGGCCUUGUACAUCCAUCCGAGCACUCACUCUCAGAGAAAAUAGUUCCUCUCUGUUAUUUGUCAUUUUAAAACUCUCUGAGGAGUUUUUAUCCGGCCAUGAAACAUUCUAAUGUGAGUAAUUAUGCCUUUAUAUGACCUAUUCAAGCAAACAAGACGAUGACUAACAUGGCUGUCUUGUUUAUGAAGUUUUUAUAGAUGUAAUCACUGCAACCGGGUCAGAAAAAACAGCCUUUAAAUGGCAAGAAUUCAUGUUUAGUUGAAAGACGGGAGGAUGGAGGUGUUUUGUCAGAUAAAACUGUGUGUAAAUAUCCAGGAAAAAAAAUUAGCAUAAGAGGUAAAGAGGUAGGUAAGAAUCGGCGGAAAAUGAAAGUUACUCACAUAGGAUUUAAUUUUGGUGAAGUUCAAGAUGCAACUCAGUAAUGAUCUGAAUUUGAAGGUUCAGACAGGCUAAAAAAUUGACAUUCAAGCCUUUUAGUUCUCUCUAAAUAUUGGUUCCUGUUUUUUGAGUAGAAUUUAAAUAACGACUGAAUUCAACCAAAUCCUUAUUAGGUUAAAAAUGUAUUUUAUAAAGUAUUACCUUUUGAGAUUUGUGGCUCUCGCUGUCAAAGAGACGUGGCUAUGCAGAAGACAAAAUAUUUUGUACCGCUGUCUAAUGUUGAGGAUGAUGGAAGGCCGAAACUAAAACUAGGUGCCUCCCUCACUUUCCCCUCAGCUCUCCCAUCUCACUGUUGAGUGACACGGUUAAAGAUUACCUCCGCUAUCCUAACAGCUGCCAUAGUGGGCCAACAAGCCUGAGAGUGCCGCUCAGCUCGUGCAUGUCGAACCUCUCGCCGAGAACAAAGUAGACGGCGUGAUGGAGGGGAGAAGAGAUUGAGCUCCGUCAUUGGGGAGAAAACAGAAGAAGUGAUUUUUUUAUUUCCCUCCAGGGUUAGAUGAGCGUUCAGUGACACUGGCCUACUUCUAUAUGAGCGUUGCCCCCCCAGAGAAAGAGUUGCGUUUGAGAAUCAGACAAGGGAAGAUCAGAGGAGAUUUCACAGCCUGUGGCUAUACUCCUCCAUAGCGCUCGACCACCUCUUAAACCUCCUUCGCUUGGCUUCAACUCGAUAAGGGCUGCCCGUCUACUUAGUCAAUAUCAUAUCCACAAACUAGAUAAAUCGAUGCAAACAAGCUACGGCUGGACGUGGGCUUUAGAAGUGGAGGCAUAGCUACAGGCUAAAUUUGACGUAGAGAUGCAUCAAUCCAGCAGUGACACUCUUCAUAUCUUCUUCUUAUUCAUAACACCAAUUAAGAGCAGGCACGCAUGGGUCUGCAUUCGAGACUUGCGUUACCCUUACAGGACCCACCUUACAAUAUAUGUGCAUGUGCUGCGCUUGUUCAUAUGGCACGUGCUGGUUGGAGGAUGUGUGAUUUCACACACAGUGGUGUCGCCUCCACAGCUGAGCACUCUCAUGUAUAUGGAAAGACUUGAAGAGGGGUAAGCAGUAAUCCGCUCAUUUACAGUACCUCAGAUCCAGCCUUAUAUCUCUCUCUUGCUCUAUUUUCUCUCUCAAGCACACAAACAGCACACACACCUUAGUGCACCCUAUCUACUCCCCAACAUCCCCCACCCCCAGCCCCUCCAACCCACCUCCCUUCUAUCCCCAUUCGGGCUCAUCUCGCCAUCACCUCUCCAGCUCCGCCACCCCAGAGAAACCAAUUCAGACUUUCUGCUCCACACCGUCAUGGCAUGUUGGCCAAGGGAGAUGGAGUCCUUUCAGGUUCUCGGCUACAACCUUCCUCCCUCCCUCCCUUCCUUCCCUCCCUCCCCUCCUCCUGUCACUGCCCCCUCGCUGCUCCUCAACAUUUCCUCCAACACGCCUGGUGUAUCAGCAGGAUGGCUCGACAGCAGCGAUAGGACUCUGCUCCUGAGAAUCUGUUGGAGUUAUUCUGCACAUUAUGACCUUUUAAAGUUUCUCUCGAAAAUUGCGUGUGGGUGGGUGCGUGCGUGCCUGCCUUUGCAUGGUUAUACUGUCAGAUUAGUAAGAGUAUCUGAAGGAAAUGAAGCCUGCGUUACGUGUUUAAACAGAGCGACUGCGGGGUUUAUCAGUAAUAGGUUAUCUUUAAUGGAAAAACCAAACACCCACUGCCCACCCGUGGCUUCUUAAAGUUGCCAAUCUGCUUUUAAUACCCCGCUGUUUGCUGGGAUUUUUUUCCCCCCACCACUAGGCUUUCUAGAUUUGUAUACAUAAACUGGUGUGCUGCUUGGCUGUUCUUAAAACUUGAUUUGAAUUAUACCCUCUGCAUUAUGCCGCUUGAUAGGAAAUAAAUCUCUUCAAAUGAAUACACUGGAUGGAUGUAGGGAGGGGGGGAAUAUGUAUGUGUGUGUUUGUGGACGUGUGGAGGGGAGGCACUGAGUGGAGAGUGGCGGUGUAUGUUAACAUAAAUUAAAGUCUUUCUGCAGACAGGCUCGGUCGGUGGAGGAAUGGGGCGGAGAGUGUGAGGAUAAGAAAGAGAAAAUUGGGUUUGAAGAACAAAAAUAGUUUGAGGAAGAAGAGAAGUGAGAUCUUGAUUAUCAAACUAGCUUGUGUUGGAUUUAGCAAGUUAGCUCUGUUGUUUUUUUUCCUCUGGCAUCUCGGUGCACCCGGUCUGAAAGGCAAGGUGGCUGUAUUGGAGGCUGGAGGUGGCUGCUAGGUUGGGGUGCAGCAGGGUGACGAGCAGAACGCAGGAGGGAGGGAUGGGGGGUCCGCUGAAAGGCAGUAGGCUGCACAUUGAAUGGGAAAGGGGUAGGACAGAAGGGGAGGGAGGGGGGGCAUUAGCAGUGGAGGCAGGUUGGGGGAAGGGGGGGGGGGUGGUGGCGGGUGGGAGUUGUUGGGGGGCCUCCAUUGGUUCAAUGCAACGGCCAGAGCAGCUGUGAAAAGAGGUCUCCCCUUUUUCCCACGCCCAGUACGAGGCACAAACCCUGCUUCAGCCUGCCAGGGUCAAGUCACAUUUCUAAUAUAUACACCGGGCCUGUGGACUCGCACAAUGCAUACGCACAGCUCAUUUAUUUUAUGUAUGCACACAGACAGACACACACUUGUAUGCACACAGGCGAGUAGACGGCCUCUCAGACCGGAGGCAAAGGUGGGGGCUGCUGUAGAGAAGGAGAGAAAGAGUUUUAAAACACUGGUUUCGAUCCCGUUGGCACCGUUGUUUCAGAGUGGAUGUUACAAAGUAAAAGCUGCAAGCGACUGCCAAGACACACACACACUCACACACAGACACACACACACACACACACACACACACACACACCUCACCGCGUCAUCUGCCACUUUGAAAAGUCACAUUUUAGGAGACACAAUUAAACAGAAAUAAGGCUGAAAAUGAAUUGACAUUAACAAAUUCUGUUUUCAAGACAAUCACCAGUUUCCCAGAAUCCCUUUCAUGAACUUGAACUCAUCUGGCGGUAUCUUAAGUGUAAACACCAGAGCAUUGUCAUCCACCCGGCAUCCCACCUCCUCAUCUCAGCUCUUUUCUUCUCCUCACACAUUUAUGUCUUUUUACAAACUUUAAUCAUAUUCCAGGGAGGGAGAUGUAAACGCUUUGUCCUCGCAGACCCCCACCCUGUCCCCCAACACCACCCUAGUGCCAGAUGCCCUGCUGCAUUGUGUGGGUGCUGGGGGGCAGACAGGCAGGCAGCCCCCUUCCUCUGUCUCCCUCUCUCUCUCUCUCUCCCUCCCUCUGUUUGCAUCAUGAUGUCACCCUACUUGUGGGUCUGUCUGUCUGUCAAGGCCUUGACAGGAACUUGAGUGUGGGAAGGCCAAGCGUUCAGGGUAGGAGAGAGAGGGGGGGUAAGGGGUUCAAGGAGGGGUUAAGGGUUUUGAGGGUUUUUUUUUUUAGCAAGGGGGGCUGUUUGGGAGUUUGGAGGAGAAUGUCUGGCCUGAGAGGUCAGCAAGUGAACUUGAGCAUAGACCGAGUGUUUGUCUGUCUGUGUAUGUGUGUCUAUUUGUAGAGGUGGGGGUCUGGAUGGGCGCUCUCCUAGCAACUCUAGAAAGAGGUGGAAUUUAGAUGAGUUUGUUGGUCUGUGUCCUCCAUUAAGUCAGCUAUUCUAACUCCUCGGUUAGCCACACAAAAAAGUCUGAACAGCACCGAGAAAAAGAAAAAAAGGGGAAACAAAAGCAGCUGUGGCUAUUUUCUCCAUUUGUUUGCCAUGGAUUCAACCAUGUUCCUCCAUUAUCCCGCACAGCUGCAGAGAAGUUAUGACAGUGUGAAGCUCAUAAUAUUGACAAAGACAUUGUAAUUUAUGGUGUUAUAUUACACAUCACGGCAGAAGUCAUUGUCUCCUUUGAUAGAUUCACAUCUUUGUGAAGUUGAAGUGAUGAGCAACAUCUCAGUCUCUCAAGUGAAGUCUGAUCAUGUCUCCUCAAAUUUAUUUUUGAUAAUUAGGAAUGAGGAGAUUUGUAGCUGAAACACUAAGUUCUUGUUUUUUAAUUAUUGUGUGUGUACGGGGUAAAUGAUAAAGAUGUAAACCGCAUGAAAAUGAAUAAAACAGUAUCAGUAACACCCCGAAGCAAGAUGUCAUUGAACGAGCUUUGAGAUUCCUCUUGGGGUAUUUAAUAUUAACAUCUCUGUUUUUGAAUUUUUCAUCUUUUCUCAUACGGUUAUUCCAAAAAGCUACCUUAAAAACCCUCAAAUUAUAUAUUUAUGUAUGAUCCUGCAUUAGAAACAAAAUAAUGAAAUCUAUUCAAAUAGGAAUAAAGUUUGUUUUAAAAUGUCACGUUUCAUCGAAACACUUUCUACCUCUUUGCUGAAAAGUCUGUUUCUGGUGUUUGUGCGCUCGUAACAAACACCUCUGCAGGGUAAAAAUAAAGCCGUGAUGAUCGGCCGUUUUGAGACAUCAUAAAUAACUUGUGUGUCACGAAUCUUGCCCUAAAUUUGCACAUUUCAGAUUCGAAUUUGGAUUAAAGAUUAACACAAAAGAAAAAUGUCUUUCUUUUCAGUAGAUAACUGUUAAAACCUCUUGCUACAAUCACACUCUCAAAGGCCACUGUGAACUUUAAGGUUCAACACCUCUGUACAACACAAAUGUUUGUGCUGCAGAGAAACUGAGCUCUGUUAUAAUAUAGCAGAUCAAUUAAAACAUCUGAGAACAUCAUCCAUGUCUGUGUCUGUCACCGUUAUCUGCCAAAACACUCAAACUCCAUUUUACGGCCUUUUUGGCCUUAAAAGCACCCCUAGUGUUUUUAUUUUUAGAUGAGGCUGCCUUGAUCCUGAGUUAACUUUACAAAUAAUAAAGAUGGUAGCCAAACUGUUGUAGUGUUUACUGCUAACUGAUAACCCUAGACAUCAAGAACCUCCAACCACUGUUAGACAUUUGCACAGACACAUGCCUGUCAUUCACCCCAUUUUGACUCCUCCUGCUUUUGUAUCUUCCACUUCUCUCCAUCCUUUGCUUUAGUAGUCCUCCCUCUGACUCUCCCACUCUCUCUCUCUCUAUCUAUGGCAGUGUGAAGGGGUGAUAGCAUUGGGAGACAAUGGGGAAAGACUCACUUAAUUAGCUGGACGAGAAGAUGCAUUGAGGCAAUUACCGAGCACAAAGGGAGGGGAAGGUAUGGCUCUGUAAUGUGCUGCUGUGUGUAUUUGCCUGGCAGUUGUAGCCUGGAGUGCAGGCAGGCCUUUAUAGGAGAGAGUGAAAGCAGUAACAAUGGAAGACAGGAUGUACUGCACAUGUACAGCCAUUUCCAGUCUUUUUACACACAGGGACAAUAGCCGCUACAGUCUCGAAAAAGCUGGAAAUGCAGAAGGUGUAUUGCCUCCAUGGGAAGAUUAUGUGGCUCUGAAUUUACAGGUCCUAUGGCUUUGUGCAAUGCAACUAUCCAGAUGUAUGUAUAGUCUCGUUCUGAAUAGGAUUGUAACACAGUCUAACAAGGUAACCGCCACAAAGCUCUCUUUUUUUAUACCUAAACAUUUUACUUAAGUCUUAUUAAGUUUUGGCAAAAACAUAUUUGAUCUCUUUGAUAUUUUGCUAACCUUCUGAGUAUUAGAUUUUAAACAAAACUCUGGUAAAAACAUUCAAAAGUUGACCCAUAGAAAGAGAGAGUGAAUGUUUUUUAAACCUCCAAAUAGAGAACCUUCAAUUUGACCAUAAACUCAAAUGUAAGAGUGCAAUAUAUUUUUGAUCAGUGCACAUUUCAAUGUCAUGGGAAGUAGGAUGAUCAACCAAAACCUGAAUGACUGACUGAAUGAAUGAAUGAAUGAAUGAAUUUAUUUAACCCACGACCAUGUUAAUAUGGUAUGGAGCACAUACAUGCAAUGUACAUGUUAUAAUACAGUAUACAGUAUACAAUAUAUAUAAAUAUAAAUACUCUUUUCCUUGACGGUUGUGGAAACGACAGAGUACAAAAGACAGUAUAAAGAGGACAAGGCAAACAUUACUUACUGAUUUGAAAACUGUAACUAAAUAUGGCAUUGGUGUAACAGGGCAUUUUCAUUUAUUUAUUACCUGCACUGUAACAUGUUCUGUGUUAGCAAGAGAGGCUACUAUAGCUACUAUAACUUGAGAGAAAAACACAAAAACCAGAGAAAGAAGCCCAGAAAUAUCACUAAACAUAAAAAAUAAAAGGUUUUUGUGUUUUAUUCUGUUUUUAAGCAGGUUAGUCUCAAAAUCUCCACUAAUUUUUACAGUUUUUAAUUCUAGAAAAAUAACGUAGGAAAAUAAGAGAACUCGGUAUCAUUGAGUACACGAAGAAGGAGGUUUUCAUGUCACUACAAUCAUCUUAUCAGCAGCUAUCAGGCCUGCUAAUACUACCUGAUCUUUUGCCUCCAGUUGUUUUCCCAAUAAGCAGCCUGGUCAUCAUUUAAGCAUCAUUUCUGUGACAACAGCAGUGUUGUGUACAUGAUGGUCAAACAUUCAGCUCUGGUUCAUGCUAUAUUUUUAUAGUCGUGAGAUAAAUCCCCACUUUUCAACUAAAAGUCUAUUUUUGUCAGGAUUUGUGUAUAACCCAGGGAAAAAAUCUAUUCUCGAGAUUUUUAGAGUGUGUGAUGGACAUGAGACUGGAUGCUCACACCAUUAGAAUGAAUAAUCUGAUCUGUUAUAAGGAUGCAAAAUGAAAAUAAAGUUGUUCUGAAGCCUUCACACAGCCAACACACGUCCUUUUAAAGGCACUAAAAGGUAUUGUUGACUGUGGAAAUGCAAGCAAGAUCGGGGUUUACUGUACCAAACCAAAACCAAGCCUAGCCAAACCAAACUGGACCGCUAAAUAAAAACUUACCAUUAAUGAUGUUUGGGGAUGUUUCUCUGUUGGUUAACGCAGCAACAUCCUUGGCGAAUACACUACUCACAAACAGCCACAUCAGUAUUGUAAAAAUACUGUACUAACCUGGUGCUUGAUUGAAACUGAGACAGGAAUUGUUCAAAGAAAAGACAUAUUUAUGUGUUAUAGAUAUUUGUCAAGCCUUUGGACAUGAAGAACAUCGUAAUGGUCACACCAGGACUUAUCACCCUUCACAUGGAGCUUAUUUAGUAAGCUAGUUAGCAAGGUAAAGUAACUACCUUCAGGUAAAUAGCUUUCUUGUUUGCUGCCUAAUGAUUAAAAACCUUGCCAGGGACUGUAACUCAGUUAUUUAUGGCAUCUAAAUAGACUUUUGCCUUGUAAGGAUAAACUUUUGUGGAUAUCCGUCUCAAAUCAAGGAUCCAUUGAAGAAUUUUAAGUGUUAAAUCUGUUACUAUAACAUUUUUUCUUGGAUAGAUUGGAAAGUUUGACCAAUGGUUGUGGAGCUUGAGGAAAAGUAGCAUUAAGUUUGAUACUAUGAGCGCUUUUCACAAAUGAACUCUUGAUUUUUUCUGUAUAAUUUCAGGAGAAUAAAGUCCUGAUAAUUUCAGGAACUUGCUGUUCACAUGUGCAUCUAAAGUGGGGAAUUUUCUCUGUUGGACAUGUUUUACUACUGAUAUAUUCUGUUUGUGAGUGUAAGGUAUUAUGGCAGGAGGGAAAACGUCUUCUGUUAUGGUGACUGUAAGAUCAUUAAAACAUGGAUCAGGAUAUUUCAUCAAUUAUAGACAUAAGAGCAUAAAAACAUAACGUUGAAAACUGGGGCCUCAAGUAGAGAACACUCUGCCUAUUUGGUAAAAUUUCCUGCUUUAAGUUCUGUGUUCAAACAUCCUCACCAUGACUUCUUGCAGAAAUUUAACAACAGAGCUGUCAAAAACUCAUCAACAUAAAUGGAGCAGGCUUGGAUGACGUCAAAAAAUGAUUGUAGUUUUAUGCGAAUGUGAAAGAAGACUAUGCAAAUGGAGAAAUAUUCAUAUCCCAGAAAAUAUUCAUUUCACUAUAAAAAAUAAUGAGUAAUUGCUCUUCUCAAAAUUUCAGGAUCCAUCUCAUAUUUUUCUGUCAGACUACCAAUUUGUUAAUUGACUAAUCGAUUGUUUCAGAUUUACAAGGGUUGUUGUCCUCUGAUAUAACUGAUUUUGUCUACGCAGCUGGUUUGAGGAUGGAUGAAACUGCUUGACCUCUUACAUCGAGAAAACAUUAUUCUCAACCGCCUGUGAUAACUUUGUAAAGCACUAGUCAAAGAUUAAAAAGAGAAUUUAACAUUUGUUUCUGGUAAGAUAUGCCUUUCAACAUGUUUGAGUCUGUCGGAUAACUCUCAGUGACUAAUUUUCAAACUCCCUUUUGCCCUCAUUUGUUCAUCCACCCUCUUCAUUUCUACUCCUGAUUGUCUUCUCGCUGUUUACCAAACAGGACAUGUUGCUUUCUAUUUCUGACUACCUAUGAGUGGGCCGCUGCUUGGUGCCACUGCGUGUUUUUUGUGUAUGUAUGUAUUUGUGUGUGUGUGUGUGCAGAGUUGGGCCUGGCAAAGAGCAUCCUCCUCUAGUGGAGUGGCCUGAGGGGAUUUCUUUCAUGAAGUCAGAUAACAUCCCGGCGACCCCCUCUUCCCUUUUUUAUAAGAGUUCUUUAACCUUGAUAAAUGAAGUAGAGGCGGGAAGGGAGGGAGGGAGGAAAAAGUUGCGGGCUUCUGUGGGGGAUGAGGGUGUGAUGGAGGGAGGAGAGAUAGAGAGAGAGAGAGAGAGAGGGAGAGACACUAACUCCCUGGCCGGCUUGCUCUCAGGAUCAAUAACGUUCGGAGAGCUGCUGAGCACUCCUGUCUGGCAGCUCCACCAUAGGGGAUGGUAGGAACGGAUAGAGGGAGGAAGGGGGGGUGGGUGGGUGGGAGGAAAAGCAAGAAAAGAAGUGUUGAAAAAGCCUCUCUAUCUCCUUCUUGUCAUCCUUUUUUUCUGUGAAAAGAGGGAAUUGAGGCGGACAGCGACGUAGAGAUGGAAGGAUGAAGGUAUGGAUAGGAGCGCAGAUUGAGGGGACUUUGCACCUACAUCCAGCUGAAACAUGCCACCCACCUACUUGCCUGCAUGCCCGCCAGGAAAACACACACACACACACUCACACACACACACUUUGAGGUCUCCUUUUACGGAGCCACAAGGUUACAGAGUGUCGAUACAAACGCGCACAGCCCUCCGACAAAUGGGAUUUGGCAUGUUCAAUCAACAGUGCUGCCAAAUCCCUGUUGUUAAGUAUUGCAGAGCCAUAUCUGUCUGCAGCGGGCCUGAGCUAUGCUACCUGGGCCCGCUAACUGUCCCCUAAAUAUCCUCUAUUAAAGUCCUCUCUAAUACAAUUAUCUUCUGCAUUCCCCUUUAGAUCUGAAUUGGCGUGUGUGCAGUGGCAUAAACGAGAAACAACUCACUGACAAUGCCCACCUGAGCUCUGUCUUUUCUCUUUUUUCUCAACCCUCUUCUACUUGAUUUUCUUGCUCUGAGUUUAAGUCACUGGCUUCCCUCGUCUGGCCAUCUCUCCUGGCCUUUUCCCUGUCCUCUGUUAGACCUGAUCCUUUCAUCUUCCCUCCCCUAAUCCUGUGCUGGAGAAGCCUUCUCUUCACCCCUCCACUUCUUGGCAUCGCUCUCUUUUUUAACUCCAUGCCUCUUCUUAUUUCAGCGUGUCCCCGCGCUCCCUGUUCUUAUUUCUUCUCCUCUCACUUUCUUCCCUUUAGUCCCACCCUCGCCUCUUUUCCCACUCUACUUAUUUCUCCAUCUUCUUCCUCGCCCUGUCCCUCCUCUUCUUCUUCUAUCCUUAAUUAAGUUAGUGAUCAGUUGACUGCCCCUAUCAUUGGUAGAGAGCAGGUUGGUCCUCCCAUCCCAGGAGGGGGGAACAUUGUCUGUGAUGGCUGACCAGUGUAAUCCCCCCACCAGGGACAAAGGGCAGUACCCUCGCUACCUCAGCCACCCCUUGAGGGCAUUAGCCCCCUGAUGAGAGCCGCGCCCUGGCCUGCCCCUGCCUGCCAAACACCCCGGCAUCACACGGCCAGUUCUCUUCUUAUCUGAGGAGGCAGUUUGACUCCACACAGCUGCGAGUAAAUCCAGGUGACUGUAGCUGCAGGUGAACGUCACAGUAUCAUCCAUAGUUCAUUCAGGAUUAAGGUACACAAGUACAACAGAGUCACUUGAUUCAUAUAUCAACCUUGAACACGCACUCAUAAACACACGUACGUACAUGUCUGUUUUAUAAAGAUCAGGAAGCCCCCCUUUAAACCUUCACACAACCCCACAUACCUCACUCUCUCUCCCUUUCUGUCUCUCUCUCUCUCUCUUAUUCUCUUUCUCUCACUCACACACAUUCACACAGGGAAUGAGUAGGUAAGGUUGCCAUGGGAACGGUUGGUCAGAGUUUACCAGAGGGGAAACAAACAAAGUACUGUUCAUGAAAGCAGGUUGCUCGGUGCAGGGAGAGCAGUGAUAUCACAUGUGAGUGUGUGUUUGUGUAAAUGCGGGUUGUGCAUCAUGUGUUUUAGUUACAUUCAUAUGAAGCCAGGAACCCUCUUUUAUUCUAAACUAUGCAUAAAUACCUUUGGUAACACUUUAUGUGAUGCCUAUCUCUAUAACGCAUUAUAAAUAUAUAUAUAAUGCAUUAUAAUCAUGUUAUAGCAAUGUAUAACUAUAGUUAUAAACACUCAUAAAGGAUCAUAAUAACACAUUAUAAAGCAUUUUAUCAUGACCUUCAAGGUCAGGUAUUAUAAUGUGUAAUAACUGUUAACAACUCACUGACAAUGCCCACAUAGAUAAUACAAUGCAACUGUUAUUAACAGUUAUAACACAUUAUAAUACCUGACCUUGUAAGUCAUGUUAAUGCAUCAUAGUGCGUUAUGAUUCUUGCUAUAAAGCAUUUUGAUCAUUUAUGAGUGUUUAUAACUAUAGUUAUACAGUGCUAUAAGCUGAUUAUAACGCAUUAUAAAUAUAUUUAUAAUGCGUUAUAGAGAUAGGCGUCAAAUAAAGGGUUUUUCGUCAUUCUUUACAGUUUACCUCAAGAAAAUCUUUGCAGGCUUUAGAUAGUGAGCAAGUACAUUUAAUUUAUAGAGCACUUUUCAAAGACAACAAUCAUAAAGUGCUCUGUACCAAUAAAAACAGACAUGAGAGAGAGAAAGGGAAAAAGAGCCUCAUGGUGAAAAUCAUGUUUAACCAACAACACAAUAAACAAGUACAGUAAGAAGGCAAAGAAGAAACACAGAGCAAUUAUGGUCAGAAACUAGAGGAGCAUGAUUGCGCACAGCGGUUGGCACACAGUGACUGCAGACCUCAAAUGAAUGCAGUGCCUUCAGACAAAUAUCUAACAUAGAGUCGAAUAUGAUAUGUGACAUCUGGAGUGACUAUGUAGGCGUCACAUAUACUUUCUCUAGAGAUACCGAUUAAUCGAUUGAUUGGUCAGCCCUCACAUCCCUCCUCACUGAUAUCACCAUUACUAUUUUUUUCUAAUAUAAAUAGAAAAUUUCUCAUCACCCAUUUGCAAAUUUUUAAAAAGUCAUUGAUUUGUGUUUUAAUUUAAAUUUGGUUAUGAUGUGCAGAAUUACAAUUUCAGUUUUCCCAAAGUCCUUUAUGGCAAAAUAUUACUGAGCCAGAUAUUAUUUAAUAAAAUGUUCAGUUAAUAUCUGUAAAUUUGUUUUUCAUCGGUAAUGUCAAAUAAAAAACAAGAGAAGUGUGAUAUUGGCAUUUUAUAUCAGCCAUCAGUUGACCUGCUCUCUCAUAAUUGUUACCUUCAUCGACUAUUGAAAAACUGCAAUGGGUUGACUAAUGCAUGAAUGUACGCUCACUUUUAGGGAAUGAUUAAUACAUAUUUGCUUCUUCUAAAACAUCAGAGCAACAAUCUCAAACCAAAGCACAUUUAAUUCAGUUCCUAGAGUAAAGCUAAAAAGGACAUUUGAUGAUUUCCUGACCUGAUUUCUUUACAUGACCUGUUCAAAAAUGAACAUUUUCUGCUGGACAAGUGGUCUAGCUGUCAGAGCUCUCUACAAAUCAUUUAAGCUACACAGUUCUCUGCAUCCUCUCGGGUGUCUUUCAUCUUGGCUUUGGAUGAGUCUUGGAAUUCGACCUUGAUUUCCUUCUGAAUAUGUUCACGUUCAACUUGCGUCAAAAGUUCAAAUAACCUGAACAAGUUUACACGCUCAAAAGACCAUUGAAUUGACGAGUCAGGGCGGAUUGUUGUGUAAAAAAUCUAGAUGAAAAUCAUUGAGAAACAGAAGCAUAUAUACAGAAGCAUAUAUCUCUUUCUCUCUCUUUCUGCAGAUGGUUAAAUGCAACAAACUGGGAUUAUUGCAGCGUCAUAUGUUUCUACUAAUUUUCAUCAUAUCAGUAGAUGGACACAUGCAAAAAAAAUGACAUGUCUGGUUGUCUUUAAAUUCCAAUAGGAUUUGCUUUGUAUCCAGAUAGCAACCUGACUUGUACCUAUGUCUGAGUCAUAGCAUGCCCCAGUGCUUUCUGUGCUGGUUCACAUCUUUCAGUUUUUCCUCCCUUCAAAUCAUAAACUGUAUCUUCUCCUCUCUGCUCUCCUCUUGUGUGAAAAAGUAGGUCUUGUGGUAGUUGGAUGUCACCUCAGCCGAGUCGCAAACAGCAGCAAGCUCCACAGUCCUCAUUUUCUGUCAUUCCUCUUUCCCACUCGUCUCUGCUCUCCCCUUUUGAGGCGUAUGAAUAAAAUACAUCUAAGCUCAAACUUGCAGUGUUUUCCCAUAAAAAAGCCACCAUUCCUUCCUUCCUCCAUCUGUGCCCCCCUCUCUCUUUUAAUGCCUCUUUAGCCCCACACUCGGCUGCUUGAGUAAUAUUUAUUACACAUCCUCUCUUUAGCCUCAGUUUUAUGUUUUUACCCUGAAACAAACAAGUCCAAUGCCAUAGGGCACAGUCUCCCCCCCUGCACCACCAUCUUCUCCGCCCCCCGGUCCCUCUGCCGUUCGCUCGCUCUCUCAGCCACUGACAGAUAGACAAACGCACUGUUCUCUCUGUCUUUGCCUUUCACCUCUCAAACCUCCAUCCAUCCAUCGUGCCGGACGGGCACAAUGCAGGGCGCUCUGUCCUGCGGCAGCCCUGAACUAACAAUAUCACCGAGGCUGCCUGAAUGCCGCCAAGCCCCAUUGUGCUCUGUCAGAGGGGAGUUAACACCCAUGUCUGAGCCCAAUGAAUAGUAUUAUUGUGUCUGAGACAUGCACCGCACCCCCGGUCCCCAUCCAUGUCCCCCUAACUUAACUCGCCCCCCUCGCCCAAACUUUCCUCCCUUGUCCCAACUGUGUAACCCCCCCAAUGCAACUCUUGUACCCCCUUCCUUAACAGACAGCUCUUCCUCUUAAAGCCUUGCCGGCCCACCGACUCUAAACCUCUACACUUUUUACUUCUCUAUUCCCUUGGCAGUCGGCCUGUGGGUUGAGUCUCUUUUACAGAGGGGUGGACAGAAGGGCUGUCACAGCUCCGUGGUGGCUGCUGAGGAUAUUCUUUUAAAGAUGGUGUGGUUGGCGCAGUCCAAUGCGAGCUAGUGGUGGGGGUUGAAUUUGGCCACGGCUCUUUCUCUGCUGAAGAACACAAUAGGACCAAGAAUCCUCAAAGAAAUGUGCCCCCCAACUGCUAUUAUCAUAAGAAGAGGGCUGCUGAACGCAUUUGAAUAAUUCUGGAUGAUACAAAAGCUGAGAUGUUUUCUUUGACAAAGUUUCUAUAGAGCACCACCGGUCCGGCCAAAACAUUUCCAUUCCUUCACUCUCACUAUGGCGCGACCAGAGAAUGGUAGUUUGAAAUAUCCCAUCAGUUAAAAAAUUCAUAUUGCUAUUUAUAUCUGUUAGGGGCAAAUAAAUAAACACAGCAGGCCUCAGGGAGAGUAAAAAUGAAGGGUUAUUGAAGAGAAACUUUGCCUGUAAAUAUUUCUAAUAUAUUCUAUUGACGCAGGGGUGAUUUUUAUAAUGGGCCCACUCUCGCUAUAUUUUGCUAUCUGCAGCACAUCACAAUCUAAUAGCUGAGAGUACCUUUGGCAGCCAGCAUCUCUCUGCCUGACACACUUAACUCUUGGGCCUCCAAACCCUGCAGUUUGUGCUCUCCAAGGUUAGCAGGUUCACAUUCAGGCUGAGGGAGGAUGCCAGAUUCCUCACCCCCGACUUCUCCCUGAUCAAAGCGCAGGAUUGACAUUCAGAGUGGGUAAAAAUGCUGGAAGUUAAGAUCAACUUGUUUUUUUUUUUUUCCAUCUCUGUCUCUGCUUGUUUGUGUACAGAAGGAAGAAGAAAAAGAGGAGAAGGAGGAGGAGGAGGAGAAGGCAGUGGAGGAGGAGGAAAAAGAGAAACAGAGUGGGUGGAAGGAUGGAAGGAGAGAAGGAUGGAAGCAGUUCAAGGAGGUGGUUCGAAGCGGGUGAACCCGGAGCAGGUGAACACAGCUGUGGAUCGCCAUGGGCUCUCUGGCUGCCUUCCUCCUGUGGCCCCGGUGCUGCAUUCAGGGGUCCCGCGGAGCCAGCAGGGGCCAGCCAAAGCUGCGGCAGAGUGGGCAGGCUAGGCCAGCCGAGCCAGGAGAGAGGCAGGUGAGGUGGGUGAGCCGAGCGCUCAUCCCUGCCGGCUAGGAGCCUCCGCGGCAGAGCGGAGCAGCGCGGAGCAGCAGAAAUCAAUACAGAGGAGAGAGGCUAGCAGAGGUUGCCCAGCACUGCCUGCAGGCUUUGGAGCCCAGGGACCAACCACCACCACCGCUCCCAGCUCCUCUCUCCAUCUCUCUUUCUAUCCUUCUCCAACAGUCCCAGCAUCAGCAGGGCCAGGGCCCUAACCCCGCAACCACCCCACACGCAGUGUGUGUGUCAGGAGGUGCACAUGUGUGUAAAAUCGAGAGAAAAAGGGAGAGGGAAGAGACGGAGAGAGGGAGUCUUUGUGUGUGGUUCACCCGGAGGGGUUUUUCUGCGUCCAACACCGCUUGAUAAAAGUUUGUCAGAGAGACACGGAGACUGUGAGGGAGGGAGAGAAACAGAAGAGGAAUGAGACAGGACGUUGAAGGUCUCUUUUCUUCCAGCCCCCUCCCUCUUAUUACUCAUUCCACCUUCACUCUUUGAAUAAGGAUCCAUUGGAGACGCUGCGUUUCUUCUCAGUCCCACUUCCUAGCACCCAGCGCACAAUGUUCCUAAGAUCUCAUGAGCCAGGAUGAAAGGACAAUUUGAACUUUUUCUCCCAUCCGCUGUAUCAGACACAACCUGUCUUUUUCACCUUAGAUUUUCCUACCCUCACUACAGCAGCUCCCAUCAGAGGAUAUGGCAGCGCAGUAUUGAUCUAUAAGGUGGAAGAGAGGGAGGCGGGCCUGGGCUUUCAUACCUCUCUCAUGUGUGUGGAAAUAGCACCUGAAGUCCACUUACUGCCGUGCAGCAGGGAUCCCAUGGCAGCAUGAGUGAAUGGCUGCUAAUUGAAUGAGAGAUGAAAAGGACAGUAGUUGAACGUGUUUUGUAACCCCCCCACUUCCCCUUUUUUCAAGCUACAAGGUUUUUCAUUCGACUUUUUUUGUCCUCCACGUUUACAAAAAGUCCUUCUCAACACAAAGAGAUGUUUUAACAAAACUGGCAGCAACUAACAGUAUUGGAAAGAUCCUCAGGAAUAGAGAAAAAAAAGCAUCCUGGCAUCAGUGUAGAGGUGAAUCUUUGAGAAGGAAACAAAAAAGAAGAGGACUGACAGCUCCGCUUUUUUCCAAAUGGGGAAAUUUGCAGUUGGAUUCACGUCUUUUGGUGAGUACAGUAUCUUCAUUUAGCUUCUUCUUCUUCUCUGGUUAAAUAACACUCGUAACCAAAUAACGAGAAACAUAUUGUUCUAACCAAAGACAAUAACAGAAACAAGGAACAUUUCCCCUUCUGAUAACAGUGUUAUGACAUGAUAGCAUCUCUCCUCAGAGGCGCGUGUGUGUUUUUAAAGUGAACAUAGACGCGUUAUGCAGCCGUUGAUCUCCUCAGCUCUCAACAGGAGCCCUGUGCUGUGAUCAGACUGUCACUGACUGUUGGAGGAGUUCGUUGUUGUUGCAUGUACCAGGGAAAGGGUAUUAAAGCGCAACUCCCCCUCGCCUGCCAAUCUGCUGGCACACAGAGAGAGACUGGCGCCUCUCUCCGCCUCAGCCUGGCAGCGACCCAUGCUUACAAAAUGGCCGAUUCCUGUCUGCCAGCUGUCUCCCUCAGCCAAGAUGGCGCUCGGUCGCUUUUUUAAUGCCCGCUGUUUGCCAUCUGUCCUCUAAUUGUUAACGGCUAUGCAAAUAUCUUGUAAUUGCAUUUGCAUGUGCUUGAUACUUAACCCCUCCCCCUGGGUUGUAAAUAAUAGCAAUAGCAUCGAAGGAAAAAGGAAAAAAAAAUUACAAUUCAGCGCGUUAGCUGAUUGAAUACACAGCAGGAACAAUUAGCGCUGUUGUUGCCCUCCUCUAUACUUUCAUCUGAGCUCACCUUAUGCAAAUCACCGAUACAGCGCUCUUGCUUUUGAUGCUAGCUGAAAAAUGGAGCGUCACCCCGUCUUUCUCUCAUUUGGAGACGCUCAUGUGUCUUCUCAUUGUGCCAUAUGUGACAUCUGUGGUUGGCUGCAUUACCAGGGUACCCUGCCUCUUCUGACAGGCUGAGCCCACACUGUAAAAAAAAAAAAAAAAAAGAGAGAGCAGGCGUGAGGGAGAAGCAUAACAUAAUGACCUCAUUAGCAUGCUCAGCACUCCCUGCUAUAGGCCCUGGUGCGCUGCUGCGCCGUGGGACCCACGGGUGUACGCCCUUCUCACAGCACUCAGCAUGCAACAUUGUGUUCUCCCCACACAAUGCGGCGCUUCAUACAGGCUUUAUUACGCCUUGUCAAAGCGCGGGGGGAUCAGGGGUAUCAGUGCAGGAGCAGCAGGAUCCGGGCCGUGUACGUGGAGCAGGAGAUGUAUUGGUGCUUUAUGGUCUUAAUGUGGUGUUAGCCGUCCUGAUGGAUCCACUGUUGCUGUUGUUGUGCAUUGACAUGUGUGUUUAUGUUUGUAUGUGUGCGUCAGGGCUCCAUAGUUGUGUGUUUGUGCAAUUGUCCGUUUCAUUGUGAACUCCCGUGGCAUUCUGGGCUGUUUUCAGCUGUCAGUGCUAAUUAUUGGAGAGAACGAUUUAGGGAAUUGUCUGUGUCCUGGAAACAGGCCAUCACCCACUCUAAAGACCUGCUAUACAGUAUAUGUUUGCCGGUGUGUUGUAGUGUAGCCUUGAGGCUCACUGUGAAGGCUAGAGGACGACACACACAAACACACACACAUACACACACACACACACACACACACAAACACACACAAACACACACACACGAGCACAGAGUCAGAGUUAGUCUCGUUCCCUCAGGAUGAGUCCAUCACAAAUAAAUUGUAUUUCUAAAAAGAUGGGUAACACUUUAUAUGAAAUACAUUUAUAAGGUCUUAUGAUAAUCCUUAUAAAUGACUGUGAGCAUUCAUAACCAUGCCCCAUAAACAUAUAGAUUGUAAUGCAUUAAGAAAAUACAGCGUCUUUUGAAUUCUGGGUUUAAUAACACACAAUUUUUACAACUUUACCCAGAUAUAAACUUACUAAGAAGUCAUUUUCAUAUAACUAAACAAAUUUAAAAAAAGAUAACGUCUAUGAUGUUCAAUUCUCAGAUAUCUGAUUGAUACUCAGUUGAUAAGUUAAGUGACUGCCCCAACUAGCAAAUUUAAUAGAAUUAUCAGCAGUAUUAUGUAAAGCGUCAGACAAAUAUACUGCACGGCAAGAAUACGUUUCUAUAAUUAUAUCUUUUUCUUUUGCAUUAUAAACCAUACCUUUAUAAGGCAUUAUGUUUCGUGCUUAUAGCACUGUUAUCAAUGCUUAUUUAUUUAUAAAUGUGCUUAUGAUGCGUUAUAAGAAGUGGGUUCAUGUAAGGUAUUACCUGGAGUUGCCUAUGAUGCAGCAAAUAACAGAUUGUGUUUAGCAUCUGAAAUCACGUGUUAGCAUUACUGCAUCUUAUAAAGGUUUGUUCAAGGCUGCUAUUGUCUUUUCUGUCAGGCUCAGACAAUUUAAUCAAGCUUCUCUGUUUAAUCAGCUCAGAGUGACACUGAUGAGGCUGAAGUGGAAAGCAGGUUAGCUUUAAGAGCAGCUGAAGUUAGCCUGGAGAGGCUUCAUGCUAAUGUACAGGUCUGUGAGGGAGAAAAGCAGUCAGGGAGACAAGCAGAUGUGGAAAGAUAUCAAACAUUAGAAUAAGAUAGAAAUAAUGAAUUCAUUCUUUUCUUUUUUAGUUUAUGCAAUAACAUUUAUUAAACCUUGCUUCAUUUGUGGAAAAAUGAAAAUUAAAUGUUGAAGAGGAACUAAAAGAGACAGAUUUUAACCUGAUCUGUACAUGUAUAUAUUUUCAAGUGUGUGUUCUAUAAAAAGGUCGGUCAUGGGAACUGGGAUUGAAGAGCAGUGCAGGGAGGUGGGUGUUAGGAAGAAAUAGUAUAGUAUUAUGGAUGAUGUGGAAUUAAGGGGGAGGAACUGAUGUUUCCUCAUUUGCAUAGUAAAUAAUGGGAACCGUAUGUUAUAUGAAGCACAACAUGAACAAAAUACUAGAUGAUGUAUGUAACCUGGAGGCUGUAACUGUUGCAUGCUCUGUAAUGUACACAACCCCGCAAAGACGCACACUUGCAGGCUAAUCUAUUUGUCCAUACACGCUUAUACAAAAAACUAGACACGAAUACCAACGCCACGCUGUGUAGAAAGCUUUAGAAAACACACUUAAAGCGUAAUGUGACAGUGCGUCACUGCAAAGAAAACACACAGGAUGGUCACCAGGCAUUGCUUUGAAUGGACUUAUUGUAUGUGCAUGAAUGCAAAGUGGUGUGUACGUAUGUGUCUGAGAGGUUUGAGCUGAAAGGAUGUAUCUGCUGCUACAAAGACCUGCAGCAACAAACCACAUGUAGGAGUGUCUAAUGCUUCCAUAUAGUGCCAUGAAUAUGACUCAUAUUCAUCCUAAACACACAAAUGAUGUGCCUUUUUUGGCUUGAGUUUUUAUAAGUACAUCUAUACUGUUAUUUACAGUAAAAGAGUAGCAUUGAAAUAUGAAUGAGAAAAAAAAAAUCUUGCAUGAUUUGAAGAUUUAUUUGGUAACAGUGAAAUAUAAGAUCUCCUGGCACAAACUUUACACAAGAAAUACCAAAAAAGAUCAAAAUCUAGAUUUGGCUUCAGCUGUUACAGUCAAACAGUUUAAUCCAAUAAUUAAAUCUGUAUUUAGAGUUGCAUUUCCUCGUAAUGUUAAUGCAGAAGCUUGGAUGUGGACUGUUCAUUUGUGUGAGUGUGAUUGUCGUCCAGUCCGCUGCAGCUUUCCUCAUUCAGACUGCCCACUGCUUUUAUUUGCUUAGGUAUUGAUUGAAUGUGUUCCACCCACUGAAGUAAUAGUUGCUGAAAGCAUUUACAGCCAUCGCUCAAUUCAUCCCAGCCCACGUCUUUCUUUGUUUCUUGAAACCAACAAAUAAUGUAAUCAGCUCUUUGCCAAAACAACUUAAUAUUCAAAAGACAAAAUUAUAUAUUUUUUUAUCUUUUAUAUUUUUUAACUUAAACAUGCAAGACAUUAUAGAACAGUCAGAUUAACUAUUUUCAGGCAAAAGAAAGAAUUGUAUUUUUUUUCUUCCCUUUAUGAUGUAAGAAAGCUGCGUUUGUUAUGAGGCCUUUUAUUUUGAAAUGUUGAAUUAGAUGAAGACAAAUAUUUAAAAACCACCGUACAAGAUAAACAUUUUUAAACAAUUUACUAAAAUGAACAAAUACAUAUCAAGAAAUAUGUUUAGUCUCUUUUAUAUGAAUAAAUUAAGACUCAAACUGACAUAUUGAAAGAUGUGAAAUCAAAAAUUGUGUAACUGAUUGCACAUACAGCACUUUUUAUACUUCUACAACUGUUUUAUUUUUCAAACCGCACUUUGUUGAUCAAAGUAAAAAAAAAAAAAGUCAUUGCAUUGCUACUCAGCCAAAUUCCUUCUGUGAAACUCCCCUCCUUAGGAAGUAAUUCCUGAGUCAAGUGUUGCUGCUGUUUCCUCAGAGGUGCAACACUGAGCCCCAAGUCUGAUUAUAGACUCGUGGAAAAACAGUCAGGCAUUUAUCCAAGUCACUGAUUAUGUCAUUUCAACAGGCUGCAAACACUCAGGCGGGUUAGACAGCUCUGAGGGGAGAAUUAUGAAGCCAGAGUGGAAUGGAGGCUGUAUGAAAAGGAAAUGAAAAUGGAGUAGUGCUGUAUGUGUGAUUAAACUGCCUGCUAGCCAGCAAAAGGCCACGCGGCUGUAGCACAGGCCUGAGAUUUGGCUGUAAUGAAAAUGUGAAGGUGGAGGGGUUUGAACCCCCCUGAAUGACGUGUAUGAGCAUGCACACACACUCACACAUACAUUAUAUGGGGUUGUAUGUACUGUAUGUGCUCUAGCUGUGUAAGAGUGAGCCACAGAGAGAGGCUGCAGUUUCAAGUUAACAUGAAACAUAAAUAGUGCAAAGAUAAAGAAAAUCCUCUUGAAUUCAAGAUAAAAGAUUCAGAAUUAUGUUUAUCAGGUUAUUCAUGAUAAUGACGGAUAAUCCUGCAAUUGUUGUCGCCUUAAAAACAGACAGACAGGACUAUGGGCGCCACAUAAAUAUUAAAUCACACCAUUCAGAUGCAGAGACAGCACCCAGUCAUCAGGCGUGGGAACGGGCGAAAUGAUUAGGCAAUGAGGGGUCCGUGAGGUAGAGGGGGGUUGUGGUUAGUUCAAGACUAGACGCCCCAGCUGCACCGACUUCCAUUCAGAAACAGGUUAGGAAGGACCUCAGGGGUCAAGGUCAGGGGUGUGUGUGUGUGUGUGUGUGUGUGUGUGUGUGUGUGUGUGUGUGUGUGGUUCAUGUGUGCUGCCCAUUCCUGGCUAUAGAUGACUGUCUGUAAGCUGCCUCCAUGUUUGCUUACGUUAUAAGCUGCUUCUUAUUGCUUCGCUCUGGGGACAACUUUAGUUGAGAAGCAAAGGGAGAACCCCCCCCCCCUUACUUCUUCAGUCAGCCUCUGGCUGGUCUCCAGCCGGCCCUGAGCCAAAUCGAGCCAGAAAUCAGUCCUGCAGCCCCGUCAACCCCCUGGUCAAACAACCCCCAGCCAAACACAGUCAAACCAAGUCAGACACUUUGACAGCCCCCCCUCCCCACCUCUUGUCUGUCUCAGUCUGCUGCCUCCUGUAAUUUAACAUGUCGGGUAGGGGUUCAUCGUAGGUGUGCACGCCACAAUCCGAAAUGUAUCAUUCAUCGCAUGUACCUCUUUUUAAUGCUUCGGCUAGACUGCAUAAAUAAUCCCAAAUUCAAACCAAAUUUCCGGACACGGUGUGUUGUUUCUCAGUCCGUGCAAUUUGCUAAUUUCAACCCGUGCUUUGCCGUGUCUCUCAUUCUUGGAUGAAGCAGCCGUCAAUAGCACUCCUCUUUAUUGGUGAAAUGCAGCCGGUCACUGUAUCAUUGCCAUUUCAUCAAAUCAUGUGAGAGGCGAGUGCUUGAGCUUGCGGCACGUUAGAAAUAAACAGUGUAAGCCCUUUAAGAGGAGGGACUGCAGCACAUGAAGAGGAGAUGGGAAGAAGGAGGGAGAAAAAAAAGAGGAAAGGAGGACGGAAGGAGAGGAGAAGAGGGGGAAAAUGGAAAGGAGCAGAGACACAAGCUAACCCACCCUGCGGUAGCCUGCCUCCAUUCUUCAUCGGGGACUUAUGCUUCAUUAGACCGUCUGAAAGAAAGACCCGCUUUCCCUCAUCACCUCAAUAGACUGGUCCCCCCUUCUUUCCCAUAGCCUGGAGGGUUCUCCUAUAAAAACCCACCUCCCUUACACCACUGUUUUUCCUCCUCAUUUCUACCUCCGUCUCCUAAUCAUCUCAACUCGCGCUGAAAUCAAGCUUAGUAACGGCAGUUUUGUAAGACCCUCUGGUACAACCCCCCCCCCCCAACCUCCUCCUUCUCCCCCUCCCUGCCUCCUCCGCCUCCUACCAUCCUCCGAUCCCCACCAGCUCCCCUUCUCUGCUCAUUCACUCACCUUGGUCAGACACACCACCCACCCACUGCUUAAAUCCCUAUCAGCAUGUCAAGUAAAUGUCUGCCCAGCUGGGGUUGACACACAUAUACUCUCACACACACACACACACACACACACACACACACGCUGAAAUAUAAAUGCACCGCGCACACAAUCUUUUGCUUGCUUCUGGGGUUUAGCCUUCCUCCCUGCUGACCCUUUUCACCCGUGUUUUGCUCUCUUCCCCUUCUCCGCCGCCUCUCUUUCCCCCUCUGCCUCUCCUCAGGCACUGAUCUGACAGGAUGGUUUGGCUAGCUGACUAUAUCUGCAAGAGGUUUAUCACGGGGCUUCACUGCACCCUCUCUCUCUCUCUCCCUCUCCCUCUCUCCCUCUUUCUCUGUUGCCUACCUUGUUUUGUAUUUUUUAAAAUUAAAGUGCUUCCUCCAAAAAGCUGCACCGUACCUCAGGCCAUGUUCACCCUUACGUCCCAUCUAUUUGAUUAAAAGGUUACCAGAAUCCUAUCCUCUGAAUUUGUUACAGUAAAAUCUGGUCAGUUUAUCUCCUAAUAAAAUCUGCGGCUGAAAUAUCUGUGCUGUGUGUUAUGAAAUAGGGUCUCAUAUCUGCAGUAUUUUAAAGUCACUCUACUAUCAAAUAUCCCUGCAGGAUUUUUAUUUUUUUAUUUUCUGCUCCAUGAGGUAGUAAAGAAAUCACUCUGGAACAUUCCUCCGCUGAAGUUAUCCCUUGACUAUAUUUCUAACAUAAAUUAUAUUCAAGAAAUCUUUGCUUUUUUGCACAAUGUACCCUUGUAAGACUUUAUUUUUUCAGCAGGAUUGUUACUUAUUUAAAAAUAGGGAUGAACUUUUGUUUGGAUUUUUGCAUAUUCUAGCUCUCAGUUGGUGAAAAGUAACUAGCUUGUUUGUCCAUAUCAGGUGGUUUUACAUAAAUCUUCCAGUUCCAAGUUCCUUGUGGAUGAGACAAUAUUAAUCUCUGUUUUUUCAAGCUGAUAAAUUAUAUUUAAAGUAAAUAAAUAAAAUACCUAAAAGGACCCUUGUCUCAUUCUUUAACCAGUUUUGCACCGUGGAAGUGUUAAGUGUGCAGUCUCAAGUUAAUGAGCACAUUCAAAAUAUCUGCCUCCACAGUUCAGUGGGAAUAGGUGUGUAUGUUUCUGUAUUUCUGUUUACAAUUCUAGUAUUUUAUGUUGUUUUAUUCUGACCAAAGUGUUUAUAUGUGUGAUAUUUACGCCAAUUGGGCCAUUUUCCUUAUUUUAAUCUGAUUGUAAGCCCACCUAUUGUCCCAAACUUCUCAAUUUGAUCCUCUAUCAGACACUGAGUAUUGGUCUUACUGGCUAAAAUAAUAAUUCCUGUUUAUUUAGCUUUCAUUGCUCUACAUAUAUCCUUCACACUACUCCCCUGAUUGUGUCAAUCCAUUCAUACACACAGCUGAUGCCAUUAACAUAAUAGAGGACAUGAAACUCUAUGCUCCCAGCAGACUCUUAGAAAAGCUCCCCUGUUUCUUCAGAACCCGUUUUAUCCCCCCUCCCGUAACGUUUCAAUCAGAUUUUUGGGGACAAUGACAAGCAUGCUGCAUCCUCAGCAGAGCCUCAGUCAUGGCGCCAUCUUUAUGUAAAUGUAUUCAGAUGCAUUCUCAGCUCUGUGUGCACCACCCUCUCUGCUGGAUGGUGGUGCAGGUGGCGGCUGUUCAGUCACAUUUCCGUAAAAGGCAAAAAAAAUAAAUAAAAAAUUGCAACGUGGCUGGUGAAGCGCACAGCAAGGUGGACCCCUGCCAACGCGCCUCAGAAACCCCUAUUAAACCCUAUGUUUAUAUUGGGGCUGUGAUUUACAAACGUGAGAUUUCUCGCCUUUAGGCAUGUGCACCCCCUAUGCUCGUUGUGUUUUUUCAUCAGGCGCGCAGCAGACAGCGAUAGAAUUGCGAGGACGGGGUCCUUGCUGCAUGUGCACGGCGAGAUGGAAAAGGGAGGGGAGCAAGAGAGCGGAGAGGAGAGGAGGUGUGUGUGUGUGUGUGUGUGCAUUUUCAUCUUAGUGGGUGCUCUUCUCUGGUGCUUGGCGCCCUGCUCAUAUUGAGAUGUUCCCUGAGCACGAUGACACAAUUAUGCAUAUUCACACACACACACACACUCACUCACACACACACUCACAUGCACAGUCAGAAAUACUGUUCCUUUGUGUACCGCUGUGCUCCUCAGCUCUGGUUCAUUUCUAAUGUUCUGAACUUGACUCUCUGCGAGUUCAUUGUUAUUCAUUUUACUGUCAUCCUGAGCGCCCUGAGAGACUGACUAGGUCUCUGGCCCAGGUUUCCAAAGUACAAGUUUGUCACACACAGAUCCGCACAGACCUAUUGUUCCAGCAGCAGGAUGUCUGUAGUCCUCUGGGUAAACGUGUGUGCUGACUGUAUCAGAGGACACUGUUAGAUGCUGCAGUUUGUCACUGACCUGGUUCUGCUGUUUCUCACUACAAAGUUCAGCUCUCAGGUGAUCAGAUGCCGCGAAAGCAGCUGUAUCUACAGAGCCUUCUGGAUAAGGUCGUGCUAUCUUUAGUUUGGCAAGUUUCUUUAUAAACUAGAUUUAAAAACAAUACCUUAUUUGAAUUUCUUUGGCUCUAGCUGUCAUGGCUUUAAAGUUUAUACUUCCCAUGGAUGAUUAAAAAACGCUCUUCAACCCUUUUUCUCUCUUUUUCUGUUGCCCCUCUCUGUCUCCUUUCUCUCUCACAGCUUUUUUCACCUUCUCCUUCUGGCACAAGAAAACCAGGGGCUGCAGUUUGCUUAGCUGAGUCCAUAAAGAGGCGUUUUAAAAAGCUGUGUUAACAGAGCCACAAAGCUUUAAAUGUGCCCCCCUCUGUGAAGGGGUGGUUCCCAUAGGGAUGUAGCGUGGCGCUCCAUUGGUAGGCCUCUAUCCUGCCUCUGAUUCAGCCCAACGCUCAGUCAUGGCCACUUAUGGUAGGAGGGAAAAUCACACAAUUCAGCCCAGACCUGAUCCAAUGACAUGUUUUUUUAAUGAGCUGGCUCUAUGUCUUUGUUUGGGCACCAAAUUCAAGUCCAGACCUGUGCGAGUCCUGCUGAAUAAGAUGCGAGGCCAUGGCCAGGCAGGAAUUACAAAAAAAAAAAAACACACUCACACAAAGAGUUUGGCUUCUGUUGAGCCUCUGAAUACCUCGUACUUUGCAUCAGUCCCUACCAGAAUGUUACAAGAAGCAGGCAUACAGACUUAUUUAUCUCAAAGUGUGAUUUCUUACAGUGUCUGACAGUUUGUGGAGUGUUUGGAGCUGAUCAUCCGUUUAAAUCUUGUUAUAAAAUGUGAGGUGAAAGGUGUAAAUGUGCCACAGGAAAAACUCCAAACUCUUGUUUAUUUUUAACAGAGAAAAGCGACGGUCAAAAGAGGCUCCUGUUAGUCAUUUCUAGCCCCUCCAGAUAUUUUUUUCCGGGGUCAUACACAGAGAGAUUUCUUUCUCUUUCAUUUUCAUCGGGCCCGGUGUCUUUUUCAGAAAAACGCCACACCAUACAUCACACAUAUAUGUGCACAUGUCAUACGCUGUGUGUACAUCUAAGAGCAUGCCGGCCGCUCACUAGCUUGUAUGUUCAGGGGUGAGGACUGUCAUUAAACUGUCUGCCUGCAUCACCAGACUCAACCAUCACCCAGCCCGCCUGUCUGUUCUGCUUCUUGCCGGGUCCUCCAACAACACGCACACACUGAUUCACUUGGCUAUCAGCCAGAAUUCACAUACACAAAGCAAACGGUAUGUUUCCUCACAGUCAAAAAUUGAACGGAUGCAAGGUUUCGAACACUCAUUUAGAUAUAUGUAGUGUGCGAUAUUGACAAAAAUUGUAUCUCGAUAUUUUUCAGGGACUUAACGUUAUUUUGAGUCACGCAAAAGGUGUUUGUAGAAGUGGUCUACUGUUCAGUAUUAUUAAUAGUAUUUAGAAGUUGGUAAUGAUCUCAAAUAUAAUGAAAAUGAUAAAAAAAACAGAUCUGACUUAUUCACUUAAAACUAACUUCUUUAAGUUAAUACAGAGCAGAAACAUUGAAAUGGCCAGUGUGAGUGCGCUGAAAUCAAACCGUGCGAGUAGAAGUACACCAUUUGAAAUUGACUUACAGGAUUUACUUUCUCAAAUAUUGCACCAAAACCGCAUUUUAAAAAAAUCCAAAGGAAAUAAAACACAAAGUUUGCUGAGUCUAUUUUUAUUUCGCUGUUGCCUUAGCAGGUCAGAAGAGGUCAACUGACUCCUGAAGCUUUUUAUAUUCUCAUUUUGUGCAGGGGUUAAUUUGCUGAGAUGGUAAAACUAGUUAGUUGUGGAACUGGCUGUAGCAGCGAUAGAUUCCUGACAUGUCCAUUUUUAAGCUAAACCACCUCCAUGUAAGUGAGGAUGAUCAAUGUCUAGCAAAUUAAAUCUAAAGAUAGUAAAUGUGAGGCUGACUGUGCUUGUGUUUUGUCUUCUGGUGCUGUUUGUUCAGCCAUUUAUAGAUUUAACCGUGCAAGUAGCUGUGCUAGCUUAGCUUGUUAUGAUGUGUGAGUGCUCAUGCUCAGGAGUUUGUCCAAGUCCAAAAUGAGUAACACGCAUAAUUUAAUCAUUUUGCACAAUUAAAACAAAAGUUAUUUACAGUUAUCAUAGGGUGACCAUACGUCCUCUUUUACCUGGACAUGUCCUCUUUUUUGGGGGCUGUCCACGUACAAAUCUCUGCGGUUUUGUACGUAAGUUUCCAUUUUGUGUCACGUGGACUUACUGAGUUAGAAGCGCGUAGAAAACACUCAAUCCGACCCGAAAUACUCUCAAAAUUAACUUCAUGGGACUCUGUGACUCCGCCCCCACAUAGUCGCGUCCUCUUUUUGGGAAGUCAGGAUAUGGUCACCUGAAGUUAUCAUAUAAGUUGAUGUUAAACGCCACACACUCCUUGUCAGUACAGAUAUUUUGAGAGGAGAGCUUACCAUCUUGAGAGAACCAUCUAUUAAAUUUGGAGUCCUCUGUAAAGUAUUUGAGGACCUUGCAGAUCUUUGUGAUAGACCCCUCAAAGACAAACUACUCUGUUAGAGUUGAUAUGUUUGAGUUAUUCCCCCUCCCAACCCAAGAAGAAAAUAUAAAAAUAUAUUUUUCCAGGAUUGAAUAGAUGUUUAUCAAUACAGUGUUAACUCUUGAUGCAAUCUUGCAACCAUUUUUUUUUGUUUUAAAAUUAUCAUAACAGUAGACCAAAUCAGUUUAUACUACCUGAUCUAAUAAAGAUGAAUAAAUACAUUUCUAAAGUCUAAACUGCCCUCAUUAUAUGACCUGUUCUGCCAGUCUGAGCCUAGCACCCUAACACAUGACUCCGGCCUGAUAAAUCCGCCUGCGUGGUACCUGAAGUGCUCUUUUAGCCCUUUAUACAACCAGCCAGCCAAUCAGCCCAGCUACUUGUCUCUGAUUUAGUCCGGCCCUGGUCUUUGCUCACGUUCAAGGUUGCUGUAAUGGGGAAUUAGUAUGCAGAGAAGCAGACAGACGGCCAUGUGGAUCUAAUAGGUAGCCAGACUGGAGGAGAACACUGAAGUGUAGGGGGGGAGAGCAUCCCUAGCAGAGGGGGAGUUCAGGUCCUUCUCCUCCUCCCUCCCCUCUUCCCCUUCAUCGCCUCGUUCCCCAUGCCCUGUCCCGAGCCUUAAUGGGACGUCAGACGGACAGCCUCGCCUGCAUUGAGCAUGGCGAACAGCCUCUACCCCCUCUUGUUGUCUCCAGACUCCCCCAUCCCCCCUUUAUCUUCCCCCAUAGCCCUCUUGCUCCCACACUGCUAGCAUCCAGAGCUGCUCCCCUUUAUUCUAUGGGCCUAUUGAAAGGGGUCCCAGACACCCUCCACUCUUCAGCCGCUCAGCCUAACUCUGCAUAAAUUAGGCACGUCUCCCUGGUGUCUCGUCAGCCGGUCGGGGCACCCCUGGCCCUGGAUCUGCCGUCUCCCAAUCUGCUGCUACUUCUCCCCCUCAUGCUGUCACCUUCUGUCUCCUUCCACCUCCCCCAUCUACUGUACUCGAUUCAACGUCUACUCAUUUUCCUCAAACAUCCUCGGCUCAUAAACCUCCCUUUUUAAAUGUUGUCAUUUGUAUAAAUUAGAAUCACUUUCUCUGAAGAGUUUCUGUUUUUCAUUGUUUUCCCCUCAGACCCUUUGACUGAUACUUUUUUUUUUAUAUUCUCCACAUCCUCUCUCUCCCUCUACUUUGAAUAUCCUUCCAGCACCAUCCUCCCUCCAUACCAGGCACUCUCCUCUUUUCUCUCCUCCUCUUCAGCCAGGAUAUUGUUUACAUCUGUCUUGCUAAUCACUGGCAGAGCCUCUCUAGACCUCACAGAUGUUGCAAUAAUACAGGGGAUUAGCGGGCUUAACACUCUGGCUUGUUUGGGGAGUUUUCCCGAUGGCCUGGCAGUGAAGCCCGUCAGCAGCUCCUCUGAAUUUGACCUUUUUUUUCUGUUUCCACUCUGAGCUAAGAUCCUGCAGUCUUGUUUCCCUUUGAUUUCUGAUUUUCUUCUUAAACAAGUGUUUGGUAUUCUGGUGUUGUUUUAUCCAGAUUGGUGCUACGAGCUCUUAAUUCCUGCAGUUUUUUAGGCUGUGUCCGGAAUGGACUAUAUGGGGAUUAGCGUCAUUUUGAGGGGUGUCCCAAACCUGAGUGAUCAAUUCCAAUGCCCAAUAUAGGCAACUCCCAAUUUCCACAUAGAGCAUUGCAAAAUGUAGUGACCAUCCGAUGGUCACUCACCGGUGGUGGGCAUCCCAUUAUGCAUUGCAUCUCCAGCGGCAAUUCAAAGAUGGAGAUGACGAGAGCAAGAAGAGACAGAACCCGAGCUCUAUUUGCCAUUUUCAGCAUAAAUUCAGUUUUCGAAGAACGAUUGUUUGCUGCGUCAUAUAGUCUUGUGCACAAUAUGACGCAGCAAGCAAUAUUCAGCACGAAAAUAUAAGGCCUUUUGAAUCAAUUACUAAUUUAUUAUUUUUUUAUUUUAUAUAUUUUUUUAUUUCCUGAACAUCCUGGAAAAACAAAUACAUCCAUACAACAUCAUAAAAUUCAUAAAAGAUGUGAAAAAAACAGCCGCAACUUCAGACGCAGCAGUCUCAGCAGUGACGUCACAACGGUGCGCCAUGUAGUGUCUGAAACCUCCAGUGAUUGAGCUCACUACAUCGUCAGUGAAACCCUGUAUGGGGGUUAGGGGUUAGGGAUUGAGUGAUUCAUUUCGGACACAGCAGUAGUUGAACCAUUUGCAGUGUUUAACUGUCUGACAUGUGACUGAGAGAAACAAAAUUUAGCUUAAAAAAUAAACUGCUGUUUUAUGGGGUGCUGGUUGAGACAUUAAAUGUUCAUUUAAUACCUUUAACAAGCUGAAAAUGUUCAUUGUUUGGGAUAUUUAAGGUUAUUUUUUUUAUCAUAGUUCCCCUGUCUUCUUCAUCCUUGCAGCAUUUACACUUUGAUGAAGCUAGCUAGCAAUCUAGCCCUGUGUUAGCUGCUUUUUCUGCUCACCAUGGCGACGCCUCAACCUCCCCUGUCCCCUCUGCUCCCCUCUUUAACUCAGCACUGGAACAUAAUUACAUGGCCUUCUCAGACUCAGCAUCUCUGCGUGCAAGCCAAUCCAGUCCUGUUUUAUGACCAAGCAGAUCUACAGACUCUCCGUGUGUAUUUGUGCGUGCGGAUGUGCGUGUCUUUGGGGUCAAUGUAUUUCUGUCUGGAUCCUAAUCCCAAAGGUGAUAUUAGUCUGGUAGGGGUGCAACCUCCCCCCCCCCUCCCUCUUGUGUGUCUGCGCGAGUGUGUAUGUGCUUGUGUGUUAGUGCUGCAGGCGUUGGUUCCAGCCAGGAAGCCCAGACAGCCUCUACCUUGACCUUUGACCCAUGACUGUCUGCAAGCUCAGGGGUCACACACACCAUAGAUACAGACAGCUGAUAGACGCACAAACAAACGCAACACACGCACACACCCAUGCAGGAAAACACAGCCUAACCUCCAUGCAGCAAGAACUGACAGUUUGGUGUGUCUGGAGGAGGUGAUGACGCAAACAGCAUCAUCCCAGCUUAAUAGUGCAUAUGAUUUAUGAACAGAUUUUCAAUGUACACCUGUCUUUUCAAGUGUUUGAGUCACGACAGGGAAUUUCUGAGAUAGUCAAACAUGUAUUGUUUUAGGACAUGAGCCAUUCCUGUCUACUGUCUUAAAUCCCUUUCUUUCUUUUCCUUUUUUGUCUUCACAGAUGGGACCAGUCAGCAGUUCCACCAGAGAGAUUGAAAAAGAAACACCAUUGGACCCUGCUGUCAAAAUGCACACAUGCAGUCUGUGCCCAGUUUCUAUGGACAUGUUUAAAUAGACACACACAGUUAUCAGUUUUCCAGUCUGCGGCUUUUAUGGACGAGGACAGGUAAGUUGGAGCCAUCUUUAAGAGGUAAGUUUAGAGGUUGAAUCAAUUUAAAAAGCUGCAUGGAUUAUAAAAAUGGAGCUUCUGAGCAAAAUUCGCUAAAGUUAUUUUUAUUGGAUAUGAAUUACUGUGUUUGAAACCAAUAUCAGGUCUGAGAUUGGAUGACACCCCAAGGGGUCCUUCCUUUUACUCAGUAAUUUAGGAUCAAGUAUUUGACUUGAAAAUUGUUUAACAAGUUUUGGGGAUGUCAUCCUAGUUUCUGCUUUUCUCUGGGAUAUGGUGUACUCAUUUUUUCACUGGGUAAUUUAUCAUGAAAUGUUAAAACAGAUCUCCUGAAUGCUAAGAGUUUGGCCUUGAUGUGAUAUAAAUUUCAAUAAAGUCGAACUGUCUACAAAAUGAAAAUUUGUCUUUGCUUUUUUUCCCCCCUCUUUUGUUCCAUUAUUUUGUUUCUGUGUCAUUUAGUUUCCUCUUUUGUUCAUGAGAUUGUAGCUGAACCUGAAAGGACAAUUUCAGUGAAGUUCUACAUUUUUCAUUUUUCAUCAACAACUCCUAAGAAAUGA